AUGAACACUCUUCUUCUUUUGCUAAUUCUCGCGUGGACAUUAUCCACUGAAGUUUUCGCUCAACCUCCUCACAUUCUUGUAGCACCCAUCCUCCAACACACAGACACAAACACUUCUCUCUACAGCAUCACGCUUAACGGUGGGGAGCAUUAUAUCAUUGAUUUCGACGCUCCUUUUACCUGGUACCAAUGCCAAUCCCCUCAAUUUCCAGUCGGUUGUAACUACGGCGCAUGCUCCACUGCUCGGACCUACAUCCCUCCCUCAUGUCCCGUCAAUAACACGUUUACAGAGAGUCAGUGUUACUGCAACGAUGCGCCCGUGAACCCGAUCACCAAGUCCUGUGCUCCGUCGCAAAUGACCUACAAAGAUAUGGUCCUAUAUUGGACAGAUGGCCGAUCUCUCCUGGGAGCUAUGGAUUUCAAUCGCUUGUAUGUAUCAUGUGCUCCGCUGUCUCUUCUGCAGUCUCUACCUGAAGAAGUGAUUGGCGUUGGUGCCUUGUCGUGGUCUUCUCUCGCUCUGCCAUAUGCAUUCAGCGAUCUUCCUGACCAGUUGGUCGCGAGGAAGUUUGCACUUUGCCUCCCAAGCUCGAGUGAAGCUAGUGGGGCUAUAUUCUUCGGUGAUGGUCCGUACAAUCUUGGUCCUUCGACAGACUUUGAUGCGGCAAAAGUACUCACCUACACUCCUUUGCAAGCUGAUCCAACUUUGCUGGGAUAUUAUAUCAACCUCACUGGCAUAUCGAUCAAUGGGAAGGCCAUGAAUGUUCCACAGAAGAGCUUCAAUGUCAAUCAGAGCGUGAAGCUUAGUACUAUUGUACCAUACACUACACUAAAGAGCAACAUUUACAAGACUUUUAUCAGGGAUUUUAAGAAGGCGGCCAAAGGCAUCGUUCAAGUGACCAAUGUGGAUCCGUUUCGUUUGUGCUUCAAUAUUAGCACUAUGGGAUCGAGCAACAAUGGGCUACACAUUCCCCAGAUCGAUCUGAUGCUAGGAAAAGGAGAGAAAUGGACCAUCUAUCCACCAAACUCGAUAAAGCAAGUCAAUGACAAUGUUGGGUGCUUGGCUUUCGUUGAUGGAGGGGAAACUGCAGAGCAAGCUGUCGUGAUCGGGACGUAUCAAAUUGAGAAUAACUUGCUUCAAUUUGAUUUCAAUCAGUCAAGAUUGGGUUUCAGCUCUUCCUUGCUGCCUUACGGGGCUACAUGUGGUGGCUUCAAUUUCACAGUUUCAGGCAUUGUUUGA